CCCCAAUCUCUUGUCCCCUCCAAACUUGCAUUGAGAUCGACUCGCGCAGCUACUCACCAUGGCGCGAAACAGCGAAAAAGCCCAGUCGAUGCUCUUCCGCUUCCGGGCGCAGCAGGCCGCGGAUCUCGGAAUCAUCGAUAUCGGUCGCACGCGGCGUCCGAAGGCGAUCACGUCGGUGGACUCGAUCCCCAUGUGUGAAAAAUGGCGUGGGCAGGUGCUCAAGGAGAUUUCGCGCAAGGUUUCACGCAUCCAAGAGCCGAGCUUGAGCGAUUACCAGAUCCGGGACCUGAACGAUGAGAUCAACAAGCUGAUGCGCGAGAAGUGGAUCUGGGAGAUGCAGAUUCGGAACUUGGGCGGUCCGAAUUAUAUGCGUGGUUCGGGGCGGGUGUAUGAUGAUGAGGGGAGGGAGAUUCCCGGUGGUGGGAAGGGGUAUCGAUAUUUUGGACGCGCGAGGGAGCUGCCUGGUGUCAAGGAGAUGUUUGAGGCUGCGGCUCGACGUGGUCGUAAGCCUGCGGAAGAGGAGGGCGAGGAGAGCCGCGGUCGAGGUGGGGAUAUCGCGACGAGGAAGGUCGAUGCGAACUAUUUCGGCUAUGGCCUGGAUGAGGAGGAUGGGACGCUGUUAGCCUAUGAGAAGCAGAAGGAGAAGGAGGCUGCUGAGCGUCUCCGUGAGAAGAAGGAAGAUGACGUUGAGGACGGGUGGGAGCCAUUGCCUGGUGACGCCGGUGACGGCGUGGAAUGGAGAUUGCCGACUCUGGAGGAGGUACAGGAGGAACUUGUUGACCGGCGGAGGAGAAGGCUGUUGGAGAAAAUCACUUGA